ACUAUUGUUGUGUCCUAUUCUAUAAGCAUUAUGUUUCAGUUGGACAGACCAUCUGUGACCGUUAGAGAGGACAUUGAACCUCAACCUGCAAGAUUCAGUGAAAUGAUUAAAAAAAAACUGGAGAGACACAGUUUAAUUUCCAUUCUGUGUAACAGGGCGUCUUGACAAUUGUCCAACCUUCCUUUUGUCCUUUUUCCUUCUUUCUCCUCUUUUUUUUCUUUUACAUAAAUGGGUAACCAGUCAAGUAAAAUUAAUAUACAGAAUAAAAAGAAACAAGACGCAGUGAUAAAAUCAUCGACGUCUAUUUCGACCAAUAUUGGUUCAAUUGCAAGUAGUCGAAGGUCGUCUAUCACAGAAUUCUUUGCUAAGCGAAAACAAAGUAUUGCAUCUAUAAUGAAAAAAGAAGAAGAUAUUAAGGAACACGAUAGAGAACAGAGACAACAUUAUUUAUUAAAAAACGUACGCAAAGGCAACACACGUACCUUAUUAGACUCGCCUAAGCGAAUUGUAGAAUCAGGAAUAGGAAAUGGCAUUUGGGUACUAGAAAUGGCGACGCAGUACCCUGAUGCUCAGGUGAUUGGUUUAGAUCUUAAAUUACCUGACAUUCAGUUAUCAAAUCAAACUUUCUAUCGGGCUAAUAUCAUUGAAACUUGGCCAAUAGAGCCAGAUUCAGUGGACUUCUUAUUUCAAAGAAACAUGGUCACCUGUCUGCAAAAAGAUCAUUGGAUACAUGUCUUUUCAGAAAUGUUUCGUGUCCUCAAGCCAGGUGGGUCAUUAGAAUUGAUCGAACAAGACCCUUUACAUCAUAAUCCGGGCCCUGUCCUGCAAGCACUCCAUGCUUUCUACAAGGAACAAUUUAACCAAACAAAGAUCGACUGGGAGUUAUCGACAUUACAAGACGCCUUAUCUCAAAUAGGUUUUAUAGACAUAGAAUUGAUAACAAUAGACAUACCAAUUGGUGAAUGGCCAACUGAAUCAGAUCAAAAGCAAUUUGGUUUUAUGAAUAAAGAUAUUCAAAAGGCAUUCUUGAAGAACAAAAAGAACGAAUAUAUGCAACGAUGGGGCAUGUCAUCUGUGGAUUAUGACGUCGCAGUAGGUGAAGUAUGCGAUGAAUUUGAAGAAUAUCAAUCAUUUACAAGAGUCAACUGUUGGAUGGCCAAGAAACCGGUUUAUUGAUAUUAAAAUAAAUUUUAGAAUUGGUUUAACUUUUCCG